AUGAGUGCCAUUAAGAAGUUCUGUAAGGAGGAGUGUCAACUCCAUAUGAUAGGAUUGGAGCAUCAGAAACCAUCGGACUUUUAUCUUAGUGUUUGGCAAACUACGAGAUCUGCGGUACCCUUGCUAAUAUGGAGGACCUUACUGUUCUUGACUGCGUUGGGGAUCAUUAUAUCGUCGCUUACAUUUUAUAUAUUGAGUCCCGUUUCAGUGGGCUACUGGUUCAUUUAUUUGACUCAUUGGGGCUUGCUUCUGAUGCUCUUGUCAACGGGAUUUGCAGUGGGGGUUUCAGCGCGCUGUUAUUUUUAUGGACCAAUAAGCACUGAAUAUUGUUUGCCGUGGUAUGUGAAAACUUACUGGGUGCUAUACAAUAUAUCCGUACCAUUGGCAUUCCUCAUCACAGUAUUCUAUUGGAGUCUACUGUACGAUUCAAACUUCUUAGAAGAAAUGAACCGUGGCUUGGACAUCGCGAUACAUGGCAUCAACUCGUUGGUGAUGUUCCUGUUGCUGAUCAGCUCGACCCACUCCACUCGGCUGGUACACUUGGCACAUCCAUUAGUAUUAGCUGCCAUUUAUGUGAUAUUUGGCGUAAUUUAUUACGUAGCUGGUGGCACUGAUCCUUAUGGCAACCCAUACGUAUAUCCUGUGGUUGACUGGACCAAGCCCGGGACAGCAUGUCUGGUGAUCUUCAUCACUUUGAUUCUCCUAUUUAGCUUACAUUUGGUUACAAUGGGCAUUUCAGCAAUUCGAACAGCUGUAGCCAAUAAAAUCCUGCGACCAAACGUAGCAGUACAAGUCGAUGAAGAUCUAGCUCUAAGAAAUAGAAACGAAUCGCUUGCGUAACUUUGUUCUCGAAAAAAACAGAUUUUUAUUCUGUUCAUGUUUGCCCAUCGAUUUAAUGUAGUAUUAUCUAUAAUAUAUUUUCCUUAACUUAUGACUUACAAAAUAUAUACAAUGUUAUUUUUGCAUCGAAAUAAAAUGAAUUUGUUACUCA